AUGCCGCGGAGGGGUCGGGGCGGUGCCGACUCCGAGCGCGGCGCGGAGCCCGCACCCGACGCCCACCCCUGCCCCUUGCCGCUGGAGGAGGAUGGCGGGCCCAGGCCUGAGGGGGAUGGCGCGCCCAGCCCCUCAGAUGCCACGGAUGGGGGCUGGCUGCCGAUAGAAGCGAGGAGGCUGAGUCAGCCAGGGCGCCGCAGGAGCCAGCCCUCCCCACCAGACGAGGACUUCACCUUCCUGGAGGACAUGGAAGUUCUUGACAGCGCCAUCUACCGGAGCAGAGCCAACCUGGGCCGUAAGCGAGGUCACCGGGCACCGGCCACGCGCCCCGCAGGCAGUCUGGGGCUGUCUGAGGUGGAGGCGGCCGACUGGAUGUUCCGGGACUCCACAGAGCCCAGAGCGGUGCACUGGGCGUCCUCAGACGAGGAGGUGGCGGAGGAGCCCCAGAGCAGGCGGGCACGGCCCUCACCGGCAGCCAAGGGGGUGAAGGUGCCACUCUUCCCGGGCCUGAACCCCUCAGCUCUCAAGGCCAAGCUGCGGGGCCGGAACCGCUCUGCAGAAGAGGGGGCCCAGCUGGGGGAGGCCAAGCCAGCCACGCCCAAGGAGUCCCACGUCCAGCGCUCCAAGUCCUGCAAGAUCCCCGGCUUGGGGGGGAAACCCCUGGCGCUGCCCCCCAAGCCAGAGAAAUCCUCAGGGUCAGAUGCCACCUCGCCCCACUGGCUGCAAGUGCUGAAGCUGAAAAAGAAGAAAUCCUGAUGGCCCCAUUCAGGCAUUUCUCUCCUGCUGCUGGGGCUGGGACAGCUGACUCUCCAAAGAGGCUCAUCGGGAUGGAAGGGACGGCGCAGUGAUUGGAGACCCCCCUGCCUGCCCACCCCCCGUGCACAGCUGGGACCCCCAGCAGGGCAGUUUGGGGGUGGGAGUGGGGGCAGGGAAGGCACAUCUAUGCACUUUGUAUCACGCUCGCUCCCCGAGCUGCCAGGUCCCUCUGUCCCCGCCCCCGCGAGCUGGCUGCUUCCUUCGCUCUGUCCUUUAUACCAUGUACCUGGUCUAAAGCCUCUAUUAUUUUGUAAUCGGUGACAGGGCCUGGCCCUGACCCUUCCCCCUUCCCCGCUGAGCCGGGGGCGGGGGGAGCCCUGGGGCCAGGGCGUUCGCUCGCUCUCUGCUGCUAUCCUACACUUUCCCGGCCAAGAGCAAUGGAUUAUUUUUUCUAUGCCACUUGAUGAGACAAUAAACGAUUUCGGGUAAUGGUG